GGCGCCAAGGGAGUCAAGUGACGUCUUUUCGUGUGUGUUCCGUGCCAGUCUGCGAAUUUUCUCACAAAUAGCGAGGAAAUUGGUGGAAAAUUCAACCGGUGCGUACUUGGGGUGCUCCACGAGUGUCACGCGCGCCCCACUGAGUGCUCUCUGUGCUGCCCAUUGGGUAUUAGUGGGGUGAAAAGGCAUUUGUUUGGGAGGGCGUCUCGUACCGUGCCCGUCCUGCCCUCGCGCGGCAUCGCGGUGAAAUAGUUUUGUGUGAUUUUGUGGAAAAUCCAAAGAAGUCCGCGUGUUUUCCGCAUCGUUUUUCCGGCAGUUUUUCACGGGGGGUGGUGGGUGGAAAACUGUGUGUGUGGGAGGAGGGAAAGUUGGGUUGUCAGUGCCGAGAGAUGACCGGGUUUAGCUCACUUGAAACAUUUCUAAAAAUCCUCCAAAAUCCAUUCUUUUGCUAAUUUUUCUUCGUCGGGGGGAAAACGUAAAUAUUUUGAUUUUUCACAUUGAUAAAAAAGAAAAAUAUUGUUGUUUUGUGCAGUGUGUGAGGGAUUAAAUUUCUCCAUCGCUGCGGCUUAGGGGGACAGAGCGAGUGGUUUUUGGCUUCGGAAGAAGUGUCAAGAAAACGUGCUGUGCAAAGUUUGGCGUCGCGGAACUCUUUCAACGUCGUUUCGUGUGUGAAUUUGUGCCCCACGGGGCCCCCAAAGGACCCAGUUGGACUCCUUGGUGGUCAAUUGUGGUGUUUUCCGUGAAAAUUGGCGUGAAAAAUGAGUUCGAAUCACUCAAAAUCGAAGGAGAAGGAACAACGAAAGAAUGAUUUGGACCAACUCAAUCGUCUCGGUGAUGCUCAAUCAAUUUUCGAUUGGUGGUCAAUGGCCCAACUGGCGGCCCAGGAGUACUUUACGCGUCUCCACACGACGCCCAAUUUGGCUGCCCAGAUGCCCUUUGGUCGUGCAGAUCUCGCGGCGAUGUUCAAUCCAGCAGCCAUGGGGCUCACCGGGGAUGCCAAUGAGCAACAGAAGAAUGCCAUGGCUGAUGCCUACAGGUUGGGAGAUUUGUCAGCAAUUCUGGCAAAGAGCUACGGAAUGAAUAUCCCCACGGGUAAUGAGAGGAAUGAUUCGGUCAGCACAACAGUCCCAUCGACGUCCUAUGAGGACUCUUCUCGUAAAUCCAGUGAAUCUCAACCAAUCAUCACUAAUUCAUCACAACUUGGAUACCAUCCAGGCAAUUUUGAUCUCGCAUCUCUUGCUUCAAAGUCUCGCCUCUUCAAGGGUUACAUGCAGGAAAUGACUGGGUCCGCACCAUCUGAUGAAAGUGACUCUUCGUCUCUGUUGGGUGUCCGACUACCUCCGGAUACGGAGAUAAUCAAGUAUACAUCCUCAAAGGGGGGACCAAAAGUGCCAGGUACAACAAAAAGAGGUCGUAAGAAGACCAUUUCACUUGAUCCAAAUCCCUUAUUAGGUGGUGGUGCCGAUGAACAAGAAAGCUCCACAGGGAUUGCUUUCGAUGCUGCUAAACGUCCACGUUUGGACUAUGAUUACAACAAAUAUACAAAACAAAAUGAUCAAGUGGAGGUGAUUAAGUUACCUCCAACAGCAACACAGGCACAUCAAACAAAAGCAAUGAAAGAAGAUCUUCCGAUUUAUCAAACUGAACCACUUAAUCUUGAGGAUAAGCAUCACAGUGCGGGUGAAGUUGAUUCCGAUGGUCCAUUGAAUUUGUGCAUGAAACCCGAUUCAAAGUCACAAUCAUCGAAAUCCGAUGGUGGGACGAGUUUGCAGAACCUCUCGAGCUUUACAGCAGCUUUUGGGACAAAUCAGCAAUUCGAUGGCAAUCUUCAAUCAAAGGAGAAUCGUCCGCGGAAUUUGGGUCGUGGUGUGUCAAAGCCGAAGAAGAAUACGGUGGCAUCGCUGCUUGCUCAAAGUCGCGCCGUUGGGUUGAAGCCAUCAAUCACAAGUCAACUUCUUCUUGGUCAAUCGUCGGGUACGGAGAGUACGCGUCCACCGUCCGUACCGCACCAAUCGCGCAACAUUCAAGAUGGGCAGAUGGACGUCUCGACGGAUUCGGAGAGUGUUAUAACAGACUACGGGGGGCAGUCUGAGUCGGAGACAGAGGAGGCAAUUAAUCUGGAGGAAUUGCUUGUGCCACUGAAUCAGGGCUGGAAGCGUGAGACCGUGAUAAGGGGACUCACGAAGACGGGUCAAAUAAUUGGCGAUGUGAUCUACAUGCCGCCCAAGAGUCAGCUGAAGCUCAAGACAAUGGAGGAGGUGGAGAUUGUGAUUGAGAAGCAAUACCCCGUGCUGACAAAGGACAAUUUUAGCUUUUCCACGCGAGCCAUUCUGGGGACAUUCCUCCAGGCUCCGCUCACAUCCACGCCCGUAACGCGCGAGGAGGAUCUCAUAAGGAUGACGGAUGUGGAUGUGAUGAAGCGUCUCGAGGAGCUCAAAAUGUACACACGUCACACACAACUGGGCGUUGAGCAGCGAAUUGAGAUUGCACGACAGCAGCAAGCACUGCGGGAUGUUAAGAAAAUCGUCAAGGAGGAGAAUGCAAAGAGGGAUAAGCUGAAGGAACACGAGAAACAAGAUAAAACGGAGACACAUCGUCAAGAGCGCCAAAUACGCAAUCAGCAAAGUACAGAAAUGGCGAGGCGAAAACGUGAGGAAAGUGAUCGACAGAAGAAUGAGGAGAUGCUGCGGAAAAUGCAGGAGAAGGAGCUGAAGAAGCAGAAAGCGUCCGAGAGGGAACUCGAAAAGGAGCGGAGGAGACAUCACAGUGGACUUGUGAAGUUGCUCGAGAUUCGACGCAAGUACGAGGAGAGGGAGAAGAAGAAACAUCAGAUGGUCUUGGAUAAAUUUAUCAUGCGUGAGAAGAAACUUGCGACAAAGAAGCGAGAUUCGGAGAUUUUGUGUGAAUUAAGGAAACCCCAGGAGGAUUCGGAGAUUCCGUGUGAGCAGGAUUUGCCCAAAUAUGAGAGAAUACCGAAUUUAUCGCUGUCCGGUGAGGCAUUUGCAGAUCUGCUGAUGGUCUAUGAGUUUCUGCACAAUUUCGGGGAGACUCUUGGCUUUGAUAUGGAAUCCCUGCCGACGCUGCAAUCGCUCCAUUUUGCCCUUGUGUCCGAUAGUGGUGGUGAGGCCGAAGAGGAGCUUCUUUCUGUGAUUACGCACCUCCUUGUGUGUGCCAUUGAAGACCCUGGGAUUCCCAAUCCCGGACGGCAUACCACCCUCCUUGGGCAGUCACUGCGACAGGCGGACAUUACGAAUGCGAAUGUUUCGGAGAUUUUGCGAAUUUAUCUGUAUGCCGCUGCCACGGGAGAGGUGAAACAGCUGACGGGAGUUAAUUUUGAGCGGGAUCGUGAGAAGCGGAUUGCAGAUCAUCACCAGACGACAUCCGAUAUGGCCAUUACGAGUACAUCGGGGAAGAAUACGCAGUACUAUGAGUAUUUACAUGAGAACAGUACGUGGAAGUUGUCAGAGUGUUUGCGGGAUAAACCAUUUGUGGCAUUGAGUCCCAUUACAAAGGCACAAAUUCUUGCGCAUUUGUGCAAUGAUUUGCUAAUGAAUAAAGCUGUGCUAAAGCAAAUUGAUGGGAGCCUCGAGAUGGCAUCAGCAAUGCGAAGGGAUCGCUAUUUGAUUGAUAUUAAAUUGCGAAAAUACAAAUCUCUCCAUGCGCGAAAGGUGAGACUCAAUAUGAUAACAGCUAUGCUCAAUAGGGAGACAAGUGUUGAGCCCACGGCGAAUGAGCAGGCAACAGCUGCGGGAAAGCCGCCUGAGAGUGCAGAGAAGAGCUUUCCGGAGGAAAAUCAGCAGCAACAGGGGGAGUUUGAGAAGGUACCUCCGGAUGGGAAUGAAGAACUGGAAUCGAAGGAAGAUUCAGCAAAUAGUAGUGAUGCCAUAAAAUUUGCUCAAGACGACGGUGCAACGGCGGAAAAUCAUCCACAGGGGAAUGUUGAUGCGCAUCAGGAUGCCAAUCAUCCGGAAACACAACAUCAGGAGAGUCACACUGAGGUACAGUCAGUGGAGAAGAAACCACCCGAAUCAGAUGGGGAGAAGGCAAAACAUGAAUUUAACGACACUGAUGGGGAUUUUUCCGGAAAGAUUCGUGAUCUCAAUGAUACGGGAAUAACAGAUGCGUGUUUGGAUGAUGAUAUAAGUGAUUUGGAGGAGGAUAUCCCACUUGAGGAGGAUGAAGAUGAGAAAUUGAAUGUGGAUGAGGUACAGAAGAAGCUGGAGAAGGUAAUUAAAUCAUCCCAAAUGACCCGGGAGACCCUCAAUACGAACCUCAAACGUCUCCGGGCAACAUGCUUUGGGCAGGAUCGCUACUGGCGAAGGUAUUGGGAUCUCCCGAAGGCAGGAGGGAUUUUUGUGGAGGCCCUUGAGUCGUGUCAGCCGGAAAUUGUGAAGUAUCAUGAAUUUUUGGAGAUGAAUGUGAAUAGGACGUCUGAGGAUGGUGAUGAGGAGGAUGAGGACGAAGAGGAGAAGAGUGCAUGCGAGGAGGAUGAUGAGGAGGAGAAGCCAGAGGUGAAGAGUGAGAAGGGGGAUUGCAUAAAGAGGGAACCACUUGUGGAUGCGGCGAAUGAUGAUGAAAUGAUGGAUAUUGAGGAUAGUAUACCCACAAAUGCAAUUCUGCAGAAGAAUGUGGAGAAAAUGGAUGAGGAAGAGAUGAAACCACCACCAAUCCUCGUUCCGGAAGACGUUAAGAAGGAGGAAAUCAUCAAGGAGGAAGUUGUGGAGAAGAAGAUUGUGCGGAAAGAGGAGGAACCUUGUCGGGAAUUUCGUGAUGAUAAGAUGCUCAUAACGUGCGAUUGUGACCCAAAGGCACACAUUGGGAAGCUUCCGGUGAAUUGCCCAGAGACGAAUGGAUGCAUGAAGAAUGGGGAUGUACCAUUGCUGGAGAAGUGGUUCUCCAUCCUCCGGAAGCCCGUUCCGCUGGAGUCUGAGUGCUCAAUCUCUCUGCAAGCGCAUCUAGCCUACAUGAAUGUCUCCUGCGAGGGGAUUGUUCAGUGCCAGGGGAAUCCGUGGGAUAUUAGCAAUAACAUCCAUUUCUUCAACAUUCACACGGAUUCCUCGAUCUUUGCCGAUCUCAACAUGACAAAUGAGUCCGUUCUCACGCUCUCCGGGAUAAGCGAUCGUGAAAUUGAGCGUACGCUCAAUCGUAUUGAUGAACUUCAUGAUGAUUUUGAUUGUGAAAUUCUCGAUAGGAAGCAGGGCUUCGGCAAGGGGGAUGAUCAUCUCAAUGGCUUCCAUUCGCAAGUGACAAACUUCUCACUUGCCAAUCUCAGUGCGUACAUUCAGUGCGAGAGCCCGACGCCACUGCAAAUGACGCUGGAGGAGCAAAAGCAACUUGAGGAGGUGAAAGAAAUGGGAUUUCCGCGGAAACUCGAGCAGAAUUUUGUGCCACGGGAGCUUCGUCAUGGAUGGUGGAGGAUAACGGAUGAAGCUCGUGUCAAUGAAAUCCUCCAGGCCACCCAUACGCGUGGUGUCCGUGAGACUGAUCUACGGCAGAAUCUCAUGCAGUACCUCAGGGAGAAGCCCAACUUUGGCACAAAUUGCCACCUAACGACUGACGUGGAGAUCAAUGGGGAAUUUGUGGAUCCCAAAAUGGUGCCUGCCUACAAUCCGAGGGUGUGUGAGCGUGUCAUCAAGGCGCUCCUGGAUCAAAUUGAGGGGCUCGAGGAUAAAGUUGCGAGUGCCUCGAUGCAGAACAAGGGGUGGGUUUUGCCGACAAAGACUGAAGAUAUGGAGACGCCGGAGCAGGCGAUUGAGCAUCUAAAGGAGAGAAUUUUGGGCUUGGAAGCUGCCAUUGAGAGGAGGUAUCUCAAGCCACCGCUUGGGAGUUGUACGGCAGAUGCGCACCUUGCUGCCAUUGCCCAGACAAACCAAGAGCCACCCAAAGAAACUCAGAGCACGUCCAAUCCCUCAGCGUCACCGAAUAGUUAUCAAGAGACGGAGCACCUGUCGAAAGGAUUAGUUUCGUGGCGUGAAGCCGUUUGCCGCUCAAAGACGACAGCUCAAUUGGCAAUGACGUUGUAUGUCCUGGAGUCGUGCGUUGCAUGGGACAAGAGCAUAAUGAAGGCGAAUUGCCAAUUUUGCCAUUCGGGUGAGAAUGAGGACAAGCUGCUACUGUGCGAUGGGUGCGACAAGGGGUUUCACACGUAUUGCUUUAAACCACGUAUGGAGAAGAUCCCGGAGGGCGACUGGUACUGCUUUGAGUGCGUAAAUAAGGCAACGGGCGAGAGGAAGUGCAUCGUGUGUGGCGGACUGAGACCACCGCCGGUUGGCAAGAUGAUCUACUGUGAGCUCUGUCCUCGCGCCUAUCAUCACGACUGCUACAUCCCGCCGCUUAUGAAGGUGCCACGGAACAAAUGGUAUUGCCAUGGGUGCAUCACGAAGGCACCACCAUCGAAGAAGCGCGUGCGAAAGAAUAAAUCAUUCAAUAGUAGUCAAGGGAAUUCCUCCAUGGAGGAAUCAUCGUCAAAAACAUCCUCAACUUCCUCGUCAUCGGGUAGUAUUGCACGUACGGCAUCAACGGACGAUGCUAGUCUCCUAACACAAUCAACAUCGUCAGCAUCGGGACAAAAGUCAUCCGGCACAUUCACACCCAAUACAUCAGCAGUUGCUGAUACGUCGGCGUCCGUGAGUGAUGCAUGUGAAUCGAGUCUCGAUGAGAAUUUUGUCAUGCCUGGGACAUCAGUGGCUGUUACUACUGCACCGGAAGUACGGGAGAAGCCCAAGGAGGAGAAGAAGGAGAAAGUUUCGAAGAAACUUAUCAAGGAAAUGGCUCUCUGUAAGACAAUUCUCGAUGAAAUGGAGCUCCAUGAGGAUGCUUGGCCUUUCUUGUUGCCUGUCAACACAAAGCAAUUUCCAACCUACAAGAAAAUCAUCAAAUAUCCCAUUGAUUUGUCGACAAUCAAGAAGAAAGUUCAGGAUAUGGUGUACAAAUGUCGAGAUGAGUUUGUGACGGAUGUGAGGCAAAUAUUCAAUAAUUGCGAAGUCUUCAAUGAGGAUGAUUCACCCGUGGGCAAAGCCGGUCAUGGCAUGCGAAAAUUCUUCGAGCUUCGAUGGAAGGAGCUGAUUGAUAAGAAUGUAUGAUGGCGCAAUAUUUCGCACUCCAUGUGAGUAACUUAAUGAUAUUUUAUUUUAUUUAUAAAACUUACUUUAUAAUAAUUACUUAAAAGAAAAACCGUCGUGUUUUUCUUUUGAAAGGAAAAAGAGAAAAGAAUGAAAAUAAAGAGAAACCAUGAGUAUUUUUUUUAUAUAUAAAAAUAAUUAUUUAAUUGGAAAAAAAUGAAUUAAAAUUAAGGAUUUUUUAUAUUCUUUUUAUAGAGAAUUUUUUUUCUCCAAAAUUUAAUGAGAGAAUUAAUUGAGAGUUUUUAUUCAAAGGAAAGCAUUUUGCAUUAGGUACGACGUUCAUGACCUAAUUUCACGUAGAAAUCUAAUGAUUUGGGAUGGGUUGAAAGAGCAAGUGUGUAUUACAUACUUGUCAGAGACCACAAAUUGCAUGAACGAAGUAAUGACAAUGAUUGAGGAAUUAUGUAAUUCAAAAGUACUUAAUUAAUCAAAUGCGUAAGAGUCUUCAUUCAUAAUUCGUAUGGGUGGGUGGGGGUUGCGGUGAAAAGUUUCUUUCAAUUACCGUUUCAUUAGAAAAUAUUAAAUAUUCGGUUCACUCUUCAUUUUAGCCCUUUAUCUCCUAUAAAUAAUUCAGACACGUCAAAUUUGUAAAUUAUAUUGAAAAAUGAUAAUUGUCCGCAAAUGAGGGAGAAAGAGAGACAGAAAUUAAAAUUAGCUAAUUUAGGUGAAUUAUAUCUAAUAACUAAUUAGCUCCCUGGGAAAUUUCGUGGAAAAGGCAAAGUGGAAAAGACAUGAAAAUUGUUUGAGAGAAACAAUUGAAGGGUGGAACCAUUUAAUAUUCAAUGACUUUUUCUCCUCUUGAAAAGAAAAUCAAUCGAUAUAGUUUCAGUGUAUCAAUGUUGUGUCUUGUUUGUUAUUUGGAGAAUAAGAAGAAAAAAAAGUAAAUGAAUGAAGAAAAACACGUAAAAAAAAGAAAACUCUGAAGUAGAAAAGAAGACAGAAUAAAUGGUUAUAAAUAGAAUUUUGAAACAAGAGAAAAUUGCCACAAGAAACUUACAGGAUAUUCUCAUGUAAAGUAGUUUUUAUUAAAUUAUUUAGUAAAAGAAGAAAAAGUGAGAGAAAAAGAGGGUGGAAGAGGUAAGAAAAGCUGAAAUAGUAGAAAAUUUCUUCAUUGAAUUUCCUUUGAUACAUAAUGAAUUAAUGUUUAAGAGAUUCUCAUAUAGGAGGAAUAUAAAAUGAGAUUUAAAGAAAAGAAAUUACAUUAUAAUGAAAAAAAAAAAAAAACAAUUAGAACUAAAGUCUUCUUUUGAGACUUGAAUUAAACGAUUUAAAGAAAGAAAGUGAAUGAGAGAUGAAAGAGUUAAUUAUGUAAUAAAGAAUGAAAAUUCAA